AUGAGAAGUGUCAAGAGUGUAAAUUCUAGAAGACCUAUGUCUACCAUACCAAAGGCUUAAUCAUAGAUAAUUGAAAUAGGAUUGUCUCCAUAAAUAAGAAAGUUUGUUCCUAGUAUGCAUAACCUUCUUGAAACAUUAUAUACUAAGAAAUGUGAAGAAUUAAAGAUUCAGUUACAACCAGACUAAAUGGUGAGAUUUUAAGAAAAAGUAUUGAGUUAAUAUUCAGGACAUACCAUUGAUUUAUCAGAGCUAUCUUUACCAGCUAAUUGUAUACCCUUAAUCAAUAAAGUUGUUAAAAAUGUUCCUUUUGUUAUUCUUUCACAAAAUCCACUUUAUGAUGGGAUAAAAAAUCUUUAACUUCCUAUGGUAAGUUUGACUUUAUGUAAUUGUGGAAUAGGUCCUAGAGGUUUUGCAGUUCUUUUUCAAACUCUUUCUAUCAAUCAAACAUUAUAUCAUCUUAAUAUUGGUAAUCCAUUUUCUAAUGAAAGGAAUAGACUUGGAUUAGCUUUAAAUUAAUUGGCAGAAGCAUUGAAAAAAAAUAGAAUUUUAUCAAUUUUAGAUAUAAGUGGUUGUGGAAUUUAUGAUUUAAGAAAAUUAAAUAGUGCUUUUGCAGAAAACAGGAAUCUUUUACAUAUUAAUGUUUCUGAUAAUGAACUUAAAGAUAUACUAAUAUUACCAUCAUAUUUAGAAAGAUUGGAAGCUUAAAAUAAUAUGUUUGGAUAAUAAGUAGUAUAAAUUUGUGAAUAAUUGAGACAAGGUUCUGAUUAGGUUCAUGCAAGAGAAAUUAAUCUAAAAAGAAAUAAAUUAACUAUUCAUUAAUUAUUUGCUGUAUUAGAAUAAAUUGAAAGAAAUACACAUUUAAAUAAAUUAAUACUUGAUGAAAAUACAUUUAUAGGAGAAAAUAAUAUUUGUAUAUGCAAUUAUCUUGUUUACAACAAUCAUUUAGAAUAUCUUUCCUUAAGAAAUUGUUCAUUAACUUAGAAUUUUAUAGAGUAAUUGGCAUCUGGAUUAUGUAGAAAUGGAAGUUUGAAAACUUUAGAUAUUAGUAAAAAUAUUAUGGGAGAUUAAGGAGCUUUAGCAUUAGUAUAAGGAUUAUAGGGUUCAUGCAAUCUGAAAAGUAUAAUUAUGAAAAGAUGUGGUUUGACUGAUUUAAGUGGUUUAGAAUUAUUUAAAAUAUUUCUUAAAUCCAAUAUUUAAGAAUAUGAUUUUUCAAAUAAUCUUAUGGGAGAUUAGACUGCUAUGUAUGCCAUAUAAUUGAUUAAAAAGAAUAAAGAUAUUAUUAAAAUGAAUUUUAAAAAAAAUCUCAAUUCUUAUGAGACAAAUUAAUAAAUUGAAAAAUUAUUAUUAGAGAAUAUUUAAGAUAGAAAAAGAAAUAUUAUACCUCAUCUUCGUCAUAAAGUCUAAGGUAUGACUGAUUAUAGAGAAUAAUAGGAUUAUGUUGAUAAAAGAAAAGAAUAGCUUUUUGUAAAAAAGGUUCAAGCUGAAAAGGAUUUUAAAUUUGCUUAAUCUCAAGUAGUUUUAUGUUAAUAGGGAGCAAAAGAACGUACUUAAACUGUAGAAGAGAGAUUAAAUAAAUUAAGAGAAGAAGCACAAUAAUUGACAAUAUAGUAAUUGAAUUUAGAUAAAUUUCUUUGGAAUUAGAUUGCAGUGAUUGAAGAUGAGUAGAAAUUAAUUGUUGACAAUAGUAAAAAUGAAAAUGUUGUAAUAUUAAAUUUAAACAAACAAAUUUAAGAAGCUUAAGUAUUAAUUCUUAUCAUAUAAAGAGUAAAUAAAAAUCUAUUGUCUAAUUUUAUAAAUAAUAAAUGGAAAAUCUUAAAUUGUAAGAUGGAAUUUUAAAAAGAAAAUUAGAUUAAUAAUAAUAAGAAUAUAAUUGUAUUUAAUCAUAAUUAGAAUUUGUUAAAAAAUAACAGAAAACAAUUAUUAAAAAAUGA